AUGUCUUGGACGACACCUGCUAUCAUUGAUAUCUCUACACCUUCCUCUCUAUUCCCACUAACCCAUCUUAAAAAAUGUACUGAAACUGAUACUGCCUCGACCCCGUCUACCCUUCCCUGGGAAGUACUCUUACUGAUCCGCUCUAUACUGACCGAAAACUCACAAAUGGGAUCCGGCGCUAAACUCGUUCAAUGUUCAAGAUCAUUCUACGAUAUCUUCAUACCUGUAUUGAGGUACGAUAAGUUGAUUCUGAGAGGUGGAAGAAGAGGUAAUGGUGUUUUUGAGGGGUUAAUGGGUCGUAAGUGUUAUUUAUCGUCAUCGUUAUCGGUUGACUCUAGAUUCGUCAACUUCACUCUCAUUUAUCUAGCAUUGAUUUUGAUUUACAAAUUCUCAGUGCGUUCAAAUGAGCAUCAUGCAUUCAGUAAAUAUCUCUUUCCUACAUCUUCAACGCAUUUUCGUAAAUUAUCAUUACUUCAGCAGUGUACUCAUUUGACAAUUCAUGAUCUUCCAUCUGCAAUAUCAAUCAUAUCAGCCCAAGAGGCUAUCGGCGAAGCGACUACAUUGUUAUUUCCAAAUAUUCAACAAAUCACCUUUGGAAGUGAAUUGAUUUUAUCACUGGCAUUAGAAUUAGAUAUUAGUGGAAUUGAAAGGAUACAUAUGUUAUCACAAAUCAUUAAACCGAAAGAUAUCUGCAUGUGGUUCCCAUCUCCUUCAUCUCGACCCUUACCCAUACCUUCAGCCGAUUACCCUUACCAAGAUCAACAAGAUCGUCCAAUGGAAGUGAACCACUUUAUCGAUAUCGAUGACAUGAAUUAUCCAUCUUCAGAACAUCAUACAAAUAGGAGUGGCAUUAGCAAUGAACCAGAAUUUCGCGCGAAUAUCGAUGAGUAUCCAUUUUAUGAGUUGAUCAACUAUGACGCAGCAUUACUAUAUAAUAAGUCGAGAAGUUUACAAACAUUCUUAUCUUCCUUCUUGAACACCAACAACAUCACUAACAAGGAUAAUAUUGACGAUGACGCCAAUGGAAUUGAGAACAUUAUAAUACACAAUAUAACUUUUCAAAGUAUACCUUCUAUCUCACACUCAUCUUCUUCUUCAUCGUUCAUCAAAGCAUAUAGGUUAUUUUUCGCUGAUCAUUGUUCGUGUUGGAAGUACGAUGAUUAUCCAUUCUGGGAGAAUCUAAUGGUCGAUUCUGAAUCAUUAUAUCGAGCAGUCACGAUCGUUGAAUCAUUACCUUGGAAAUCGCCCAUCAAUAAUAUGAAGUAUAUUUUCGUCAAUGCUGAGUUAAAUUACCUGGAAGAUCAAGCCACGUCUCUUCAAAGUGAAGACGAGUUUUUGGCCUCCGAAAAAGAGGAUGGUAAAGUGGAGAGAUUAGUACGAGGGAUGAUAACAUCUCAAGGUUGGUCAGCAGAAGCUAUAGAGGCAUUGACAUUCACUAGGCAAGAUCGAGUGGAACCUUGUAUAUGUUGCGAAGGGAAGUAA